GAAAUAUUUUGUCAGCAACUGCUUCUUCAGACAAUCACCCUGAGCCGUGUAAUAGGCUAAUGCUAGCUACGUUAUCUAAGUUAGCCGUAAAUUCAGCUGAGUGGCUAAUCAUAGCUGUACGGAUUUAUUAUUGUGGCUCGAUUACCGUCGAGUUACCGAACAUUUCUCCAUGACUAACGGGCUAUGUUUACAACAUUGAUAUCCUUCAGACGGGACACCAUCCUCUCUACUGGGUUGCUUACUAGUCAUGUCCUCACAGCAGCCCAACAGUUCAGACUCCAACAGCCCCACCAACGUCUUAGGUUCUCCUUUCUCAGUUAUCAGUUCCUCGCUUAACUCCACAGGGGUUUCACCUUCGCUGGGAUUUGGAGCCAUCAGCAACAGUCAGACCUCUUCUUCAGCACCCAUAUCAAGGAUGCAAUCAAUUAGCAGCUCAGAUGAUAUCAAGCCUCCCUUUGGCCUGAGGCCUAUGUCAGCUCACAGCCCUGGAAUUAUGUUGUCUCAGAAACGCCUGUGUGUCAUCUGUGGAGACCGCUCUUCUGGCAAGCACUAUGGAGUCUCCAGCUGUGAGGGUUGUAAAGGUUUCUUCAAACGAACUGUGCGCAAAGACCUGAGCUACACCUGCAGGGAUAACAAAGAGUGCCUGGUUGACAAACGCCAGCGCAAUCGCUGCCAGUACUGCCGCUAUCAGAAGUGCCUGGCCAUGGGCAUGAAGAGGGAAGUGAUCAAACAUGUAAAGUGGAUAAAAGAAGAUGGAAAAGAUGAGGGAUGGAUGAGUAUAACAUUGAAACCUCAAACGGUCCAGGAGGAGCGCCAGAGGAACAAGGAGCGUGAAGGAGAGCUGGAGUUCAGCGUCUCGGUGAACGAGGAGAUGCCUGUGGAGAAGAUUUUAGAGGCAGAGACUGCUGUGGAGCAGAAGACUGAGCUUCACCCUGAUGGUGGUUCUGCAGGCAACUCUCCCCAUGAUGCAGUUACCAACAUCUGUCAGACUGCAGACAAACAGCUGUUUGCCUUGGUGGAGUGGGCAAAGAGAAUCCCACAUUUCUCUGAACUGCCCCUUGAUGACCAGGUCAUCCUUCUCCGUGCAGGGUGGAACGAGCUGCUCAUUGCCUCGUUCUCCCAUCGCUCCAUCGCUUUGAAGGAUGGAGUUCUCCUGGCCUCCGAGCUGCUGCGCGACAGUGCUCACAGCGGAGGAGUUGGAGCCAUUUUUGACAGGGAGAGUGUGCAGAGCGCAGAGGUUGGCGCAAUAUUUGACAGAGUCCUUACCGAGCUUGUCAAUAAAAUGAGAGAUAUGCAAAUGGACAAAACAGAGCUGGGCUGUCUCCGAGCCAUCGUCCUCUUCAACCCAGAUGCGAAAGGGCUCUCCAGCACCAGUGAGGUGGAGCUCCUUAGAGAAAAGGUCUAUGCAUCAUUGGAAGCUUACUGCAAACAGAGAUACCCAGAGCAGCAGGGCAGGUUUGCUAAGCUCCUCCUUCGACUGCCAGCACUGCGGUCCAUUGGCUUGAAGUGCUUGGAGCAUCUCUUCUUCUUCAAGUUGAUCGGUGACACGCCUAUUGACACUUUCCUCAUGGAAAUGCUUGAAGCUCCCCAUCAGUUGUCUUAGAUAGGAAACACGUACUGUGGUUAGGUUUAGAUGGCUGAAGUCUGGGAAGCUGGAGUGGGACUGGAGUGGCACUUUAAGUUCUUUAAAAAUUUGUCAAUUUGUCUCACUGCUGUCUGGGUUACACUAUUUUAGUGCAGCACAGAUUUGCUCUUUAGACCAAACCCAAGGCUUGGCACGAUCUAAAAACUGGUGCUAUAUGUUCAAGUAACUUCAUGAGUAACUAUGGUUUUAAUAAAGGUAUUUUUCAAAAAUAUAGACAUUUACAUAUUUCCCUCACAGGAGCUAUGAUUUGGGUAUACAUUUUUUAUAUAAGCUUUUUAGACACCUAAAAAAAUUCAGCUUCAGUUGUUUCACCAUCUGAAUUUACCCAGCCCCCCCCCCUCCCUUUUUUUCUUUUUUGAAAGGAAGGCAACAUGAUUCAUGAGUAUACAUAAAGGACAGUGGCAACUUUUUAUAAUCUCAAAUUCAGGCCAGAUCUAAAAGUAAAGUAUGUUAUUGUACCAAACCGCCAACCGGGGCAAUUGUUGAUUGAGGAUCGGCUUUGUAUGUCUGAUAAUAUACAGUUAGUGUUGUUUACUUCUUUGCCAUUUUAUAAAUCUAAUCACUUUGUGGUUAACAAUUAAACUGCACUGCACACUUGCUAUGUACUCUUUCUAAAAUAUACCUUCAAUAAACGCCUGACCUGUAAAUAGCCAGGCGUUUGUCUCUUGGUGCUAUUUCAGAGAUAAUUUGACAUUUUUGGUGCAGAUACACCAAACCACACACUUAAGAAAAUAUGCAAAACUGAAAAUCCCGUUGUUAAUCUUUGUUAAAAAUGUAGCAAUAUAAAAUGUAAACUGCAUAAGAGCUUUCUGCCUGUCAGUCAUUCAGGGGUUUUACAAAAUAAAUCAUGUCUAGUGGAAAGGGAAUAAUCCAUUUUGUAAUUUAUCUAUACAAUUCUGAGGUACUGUGCAAAAGUAAUUGUUCAGGGAAAAUGUACAUUGAUAAAUUUGAAUUAUGAUCAGGAGAUACAAAUUAUAUAAUUCUUAAUAUGUGCCCUUUUUAGUUUUCAACUAGUAUAGAGCAAAAACAUGUCUUGGGUUGCACUGGAUUUGCUGAGACUGUUUCAGCUGAUUUUUAUCUUUUGUGCUUUUUUUUUUUUUUGACGCUCAAUUGUAUUUCCAACCUUUCCUUCCCUUUUAUAGGUAGCUGUCAUGUUCAUUGUAAUGUCUCUGCAAAAGCAAACCAUAAUCUCAUUUAGAUCCAUACCACCUGUGGACACAUAGGAAUUUUAAACAAGACCAAAUGAGGUCUCUCUGAUGGCCAUAUGUAAACACCAGAUGAGCUCUAUUGGCAAGCUUGUCAUCGACCUCUAUAUGCUCUUGAACAUAAAGUGACUUGAAACAUGGGUUGUGUGGACUGAAAAAUAAAGAGGCUUAAGUUUU